GUCCCGACUUUUUGGACGUUGGGGUAGAGACAGACCAGAAGGCAAGCCCCUUUGGCGGCCAUAAAUUCCGCCAGAAAUUUGAAAUUUGAAUUGCGCUGUGUCACACUCCUACCGAGUCUUUGAUGCCGUGAUUAACACUCGACCGAACGCAGCUGUGAUUGUCCAUUUUUGCAUCCCACCGCUCCCCCGCAGCUCGUGUGCUUCCUUGUAUGCCACCUGCCAUCUUGUUCCCUUCAAAGCUGUUGACGCACCGACCGAUUCUGUUUCUACUUGCUUUUUAAGGGGGCUCUGGUUUCUGAUCACUACAUCUGGACAAGGCUUGCAGUUUUUCUUUUUCUUUUCGGGGUGUUGAAAUAUCCGCACUGGUUUCGGUGCUGUCGAGUUUCGGCCUGCGUUUGACAAUUUGCAGGGAAGGGGUCAGCUCAUCCUUGUAACCUCGGAAAUGGCUUCGAAGCCGAGAGGGAAACGGGCCCCGAAAGGAGAUGUGGCGGCGGAGAAGGAGAACAUCAAUGCUCCUCCUGCGGCAACCAAGGGUAACGCGAAGACGAAGGGGCUGAAGGACACCAGUAACCUUUCGCUCGAGGCGGAACUCGAGGCCAUGACGAAAGCUUUGAAGCAAGUUUCUCUUGAGGUAGAGCACAACAAGGCAAUGCUUAGAGAGAAGGAAGAACAGUUGACUGCCCAGGCUGCUGAAACCGAGCGUAUGCAGAAGUUGCUGGAGAGCGGUGGUGAGGAAAAGAAGAAGCUCGAGGAUAAGCUCCGAAAGCUUCAGAAAGUUCAGGGCUUCCAGCCUACUUUAAAUCUUUCAAGGCCCAAUCCCAAUGCUCCGGAGGACUUAACCAAGAAGAAGAAGAAAGAUCCUAAUCGUUUGAAAAAGCCAAAGUCUGCCUUCCUUCUCUGGUGCAAAGUACAUCGUCAGAAGGUGUGCGAAGAGAAUCCGAAUGCCACGUUUGCAGAGAUUAGUACCAUUCUGGGGGAUAAGUGGAAGAAUGUUUCGGAAGAGGAUCGCAAACCGUACGAAGACAGAUACAAAGUGGAGAAAGAUGUUUAUCUUAAGUUGGUCGGCAAGGAGAAGCGCGAGGCCGAAGCUUUGAAAUUGUUCCAUGAGGAAGAAAAUAAGAAGCUGGCUCAGGAACUCCUGGAACAGUAUCUUGCUUACAAGAAGCUGGACUCAUUGUUAUGGCAGGAAAUGGAGAGUGACGUUGCGGACGGAAAGAAAAAGAAGAAGGAGAAAGAUCCUUUAAAGCCUAAACAUCCAAUUACUGCGUUCUUUGCGUUCUCCCAAUCUCGCCGACCAGCUCUGUUGGAGUUAAACAAGCCCGUCACAGAGAUUGCCAAGAUAUUGGGAGAAGAAUGGAAAAGCAUGAGUCCUGCCAAGCGAGCCCCAUUUGAAGAGAUAGCCGCCAAGGAGAAGGAGAGGUAUUCCGUUGAACUUGAGACCUACAAGAAGAACAAAGCUGAGGACCUUUCAACUUUGAAUCAUGAAGCUGAGGAGAAGGCUAAGCUUGAGAAAUCGCAAGCUCUGAAGCUCUACAAGGAGAAAGAGAGGUUGGACCAGGCUAAGAAGAUUAUGAAAAAUCAAGCAAAGGAAAAGAAGGACAUGGCCCUCGGAAAGAAAGACCUGGUUUCAGAGAAGGAUCAGGCCAAGGAAAAGAAAAAAGCCAAGGAUCCAAACAAACCUAAGAAACCCCUUUCAUCGUAUUUGAUUUUUGGCAUGGAGAUGCGAAAAUCUCUUAGCAAUAACCAGGUGGGAUUGAAUUUCGCAGAGACCAACGCCCAUAUUUCCCAAAAGUGGAAGGAACUCUCUGAAAAAGACAAGGAAGUUUGGAAUGAGAAAGCAGCAGUCUUAAAGAAGAAGUACGACGCAGACAUGGAAGAGUACCGUUCAACGCUCCCUGAGCUUUCUGCGUGAGCUUACUCUUUUAAAUGGAAAGUUACAAUCGACAUUCAACUCUUCUUGUUGAAUGCUCUGUGGCAUUUUCUCCUCCUUAUGUAUGAUAGGUCUUAAGUGUGCCGCAUUACAGCUGUGUGACUUCGCAGCUGCGAGCUUAAUCUUCUUUUCAGACAGAAACUUCACUGUAGUUCUCAGGAUAGUUUCAGACUUUCCGUUUGGAUUUUCUGUUAUUCGUUCGAGUGAUGUACAUUUAUGCAACAAAUUAAACACAACCCAUCGGUACUCUGCAUUGUUUGCUGAAUCAAACAAAAACUUUCUCGCCUUCGGUCUGUGGGCCGCUGAAAGUGUUUCUUUUUUCACAAUC